UUUUUUUUUGAAGAAAAAAGUUUUCUUUCUUCCAAGCCAACAAUGGCUCUCUACGCCUCAGUCUCUGCAUCUCCACUCUUCUCGACACCAAUACGCCACCGUUCAACGGGUUUCAGGAAAUUUCCAUAUACCUCUGCUUCAAUUAGCUCGCCAGCGCCGGAGUCAGCUUCACCGUCGUCGACUCCAAGUGAGAGUAAGGUUUCCCAUAAGAACCCAUCAAAGCCCUUCGUUGAGUCAUCCAGGCCGCCAGACUCAAACUUUCACUACGCGCUUGCAAACCCCAGUGGAAACCCAGUUGUCCGGAUUAUUCGUUCGGCUGAGUCAAACAUUGAGAAGAUAAUCUUUGACUUCCGCUUCUUGGCACUUCUGGCUGUUGGAGGUUCCCUUGCUGGUUCCUUAUUGUGCUUCCUGAAUGGUUGUGUCUACAUUAUUGAUGCAUAUAAAGUUUACUGGUCAAGCUGUGUCAAAGGAAUUCACACGGGACAGAUGGUUCUGCGGCUAGUUGAAGCAAUUGAUGUUUAUCUUGCUGGCACUGUCAUGUUAAUAUUUGGCAUGGGCCUUUACGGAUUGUUUAUCAGCAAUGUGCCACCUGAUGCACCUCCCGCUGCUGAUCGUGCCCUCAAAGGCUCUUCCUUGUUUGGAAUGUUUGCUUUGAAGGAGAGGCCAAAGUGGAUGAAAAUCAGCUCACUUGAUGAGCUGAAGACAAAAGUGGGACAUGUUAUUGUCAUGAUUCUUUUAGUAAAGAUGUUUGAAAGGAGCAAGAUGGUGACAAUAGCCACUGGAACAGAUCUAUUGAGUUAUUCUGUAUGCAUUUUUUUGUCAUCCGCAUCACUCUACAUUCUCCACAAUUUGCGCAAGUCUGAAUAGGAAGGUGAGAUCUGAUUAGAUGUAUAUGGUACUUGUAUGUAAUGUAACAUUGUUUACACCUGAUCGAAAAUAUUCGAGUUGAUUUGUAACGUGCAUAUAUCUAAGAUAUUCUCUAUGGAUUUUUAUAUAUCUAGAUGGAUUGAACAGCAUUGUGAAAUCAAAUGAUAUUGAAAAUCA